ACGUUUUCAUUUCAUUAUUGUAAACUGUUUAUAUUUUAAAGAGAAUCUUUUUAAAAAUUUGAGUGUUUAAGGCAAGAAAAACGUAAUUAGAAUCAAUGACUGAGCAUCAAGAUCAUAACCGAGGCGAAUCAAUUUCGAUGCAUGAUUUUUUGGAAUUUUUAAAAAUUACUUGUCAAGUUAACGAUUCUUUUAACAGCAGCAAGAAAAAUCCUCCAUUCGACUACAACCAACUAGCAAAGAACGAGCUGAUUAGUCAUGUUAACAAUGGGUUACCAAAUGGGCCUAGUAAUAUCACUGGAGCACCGCUAGCUCGACAUCAGGCAACCAAAAAAGAUAGCAAUGACGGUACAGCACAAAAGAAAAUUUUCAAAAAGAAAGCACUUUCGCAAAGUAAACCACAGAAAAGUAGACAAGAGACGGUCGAUGUUCCCAAGCGGAAUCUAGAUGCAUUGUUAAAUGAAAAGCUGGAUGAAGUGCUUAACGAAGGUAUUCUUGAUUCAGUGCUACCGUUCAUCUGCCCGUCUAAUUCAAAUUCUAGUGGACAUGGGUAUAGUAAAGGAACGAAUUCAAAAUCAUCGCAACACCCUAUUGUGCAAAUAACUUCUGGUGUUGGAGGUGCAUCAAAAAUAGUACCAAAUGGAGGCGAAGCGUCUUCGGAUCUUCAUGGUUGCGGAAGUUCUAAAAAAACUAGCCUUUCGGGUGUUGCGGAUGCACCGCAUAACUUUCUAAUUGCAAGCAGUACUACGAAUAAGGCAAGAAGGAAAUCAUCCGUUUCACAAAUGACUAUCUCCGAUAAUCGAUCAGAGCCUGAAGUCAUCAUCCACGUAUGUGACGAAGUCAAAGGAACAUCUAGGGACUUUUCUUGUCCUCAAAAACUCCUUGUCACAAAGAUGGGUUACUUUGGAGAUGUAACAGCUGGUCAACGGUUGGAGGACAUGGACAUAUCUGUACACUGCGAUUUGCAGAUAUUUGAAUGGCUUAUGAAAUGGGUGAAGAAAGAAUCCGUAUCUCAAGAUGAUUGGCCUAUGCUUGAUCCAUCCAACGUAGUGCCAAUUUUAGUAUCAGCUAGCUUUCUACAAAUGGAGCCAUUGCUGUUAGAUUGUCUGUCUUUUUGCCAUGCUCGGUUAAACGAAGUCGUAAGAGCAUCUGCAAACUUGGCAUGCCUGAAUGAUAGCAUUAUAACUCGAUUAGCAGCAAUGUUCACAAAUCUAGAGCUGGAAAUGGUUAAAGAUAAGAAGGAUCGAAUCGCGCCUCGUAUCUGGACAAAAUUAAUUCAAAGCCUCUGUGAGAUUGAACCGCAAGCACUCAGAGGUCACUACGCUACAUUAGUUGGCAUGUUUCGCUGCUUGCGAUGCGGUAAAUUCUUAACCCAAACCGUUAGUACAUUCAUACAUUGUGUUCCCCAAAACAUACGUCUAAAUCGCUGGGGUCAACUCAUCAGUUCACACGUUAAGGACCCUGCGUGGAACAUUACCAGUUAUGUGGCUAGUCUACAUAAGGAACUGCGUUCUUGGCGUAAAGUAUACUGGCGGCUUUGGGGGCAUUGUCAUUUUUUGUAUUGUGCUAUAUGCGAUACCCACUUUGCUGUGUAUCAAAUGCUUUGGUGCCAGUAUCAUCCAGAACAACCGCAGUUUUUAGGACCUGCCGCAGAGGGGAGAGUUCCUGGGCCUGCUGGAAGAUAUCCGUGCUGCGGGAAACAGGCAUAUAGAUACGAGACGCUUCCAGCACCAACGGGUUGUCAAUUUCGCGAGCACACAGUCCAAGCUGAUACGGAUCGUGAUCGUGCUAUCCUACAGCUUGCCAUGCAGGCAGCCGAAGGAGGAUGUUUAUAUGAAACUGCUCCGUUUAAGCCACCUAACACUGUUAAUGACCCGUGGUGGAACGGCAUUGGGAUUUUGCCUCACCGUUCCAGACAAGGUUUGCUCCCAACGUUCCAUGUAGACGGUGAUGUACAACCAAGCCGCUCUACUCGAAAAUUCGUCACUCGGCAGCUGUCCCAAUCAGUGGCUGAAUCUGACACUGAAUCCGAAUCGGAGGAUGUUGAUAAAUCUGGUACCAUCUUGAGUCACUCCUCCAGUAGCAGUAGCGACGGAGGUGAAUCCGAAUAUAGCAGCCCCAUGUCGUUUCAUCCCAAAAACGUCAAACAUAAGCCAAAAUUAUCGUACGGUCGCCAAUGGGCUGGUGACAUGUCAGCUCGCAGUAAUCAAGACAAUCAGCGAGAGUAUGAAGAACGUGCUAUGAAGCAGAUUAUUGCGAUGGUCGGAAAGAAGACGGGUGGCGAGCAGAAUCAGCAGUUUGUAACCUACCAGCAGGGUGGUACGUAUGUGAAGAUCGAGGCUGACUGGCGGGAAUCUAUCAAGCAAAAAACCUUAGCGAAUGUAAAGGUUAAAACAGGGAUCAAAUGAUGAUUGUUAAUUGAUUUGCGUGAACGAUCAAAAGAAAAAUCAGUUUAGGGUUAUAAAUUUAUGAUUUGAAGAUAAAUUAUUGUUGUAGUUCAAGCGCUAAAAUCGACAUUACGAGUGGUACAUUUAAUGCACUACGCUUCCUUUGGAGGGUAAUUGAGCAGUUGUAUACUGCAUGCUUAGAUCAUCUGAUGGGGAGCUUUAUCACCGUCGCCUUCUCAUAAUCGCGUAUUUGUCCUGUUUUAUGGGAUUCCCUAUCUACUUUACAUUUUUGACAUUUAAAAUAUCUGACACCUGACAUGAAUAUUGGUAACAAUUUAUUUUCUGUGCCAUAAAAUGUGGUACCUAGCUAUAAGGGACUUCCGUAAAUACGGAACACCGAGUAAUGUAUAGAGCUCUGUUUUGGUACUACGGAUUCGAAAUAGCAGAAUAAUGUUGAGUGGACCAAUGCGCAAAUGUGAGUAAUCUCGCAGGAUGGAAGCCCCUGAAGUUAACUUUCAUCGAUAUAUGAACGAAACCAAGUUAUCCAUGUGUAUCUAGCUUGGCUGUUGCGUUACCACGGUCGAAACAAACGGAUAGAACCAUGCAAAUGCCAUCGACCCGCUGACGAAUAUAUUGUUAAGAACAGCAGUUUGGUAAUCUUCGAUCGUUUAUGUUCAGAAAGCAAACUAUCCAGUUUAUAAAACCUUUGUAAAUAUUCAAACGAAUAUUUGAUAAAACACCGACCAUGCAAUUGUAAUAAUUCAUACAUACUUACGUCCGCGAUUUUGCCUACAUGAAACAACCCCAGUAGUUCAGUAAAUGUAGCAUCUUUAAACUUCCAAACGCGGUCUCAAACAUUAACCCACCACUCGCGCGAUCAUGAAACGGUCACGUCCGGAAGUCUUACCUCGGUCCUACCAGUCUGGACUAAUGUCCUCAGUUGAACUAAUCAAAAAAGUGACGCUCAUAUUCACUAAACAUCACAUUCCAUGGUGACAUGACCUGGAACACUAGUGAUAUGGGGAAACGGACUCUCUUCUACAAUAUGUACCAUACAUUAAAAAUUGAGCAUCAGACUCACGGUUCGCGCGCGAUCAAACACGCUACAUCAUUAUAAAAUCGAAAUUAUAUACGCAAAGUCACAUACACGUGACAAAUACGUUAAUAUACAAAUGCUAGAGCCCUUCGCGACCAUCCACGGCACCUACACCCGCGAUCUCGUAAACAUGAUGACAUCCCGGUGAUAAAAUGAAUGUCUCAGCUCCUAUAAAUUUUCAAACGCUGUCUCAAGCGUGAACCUAAAAACUCCCGCGGUCGCACGAUCAUGAAUCGGUCACUUCCGGAUGUUUCUAUCCUUGACAUCAGCAGACUAGGUCCAUGCCUUCAAUUGGAUCAAUUGAAAAAAGAAAGCUCUCAUAUCCACUGGACACCACGUUACAUGGCGACAUGACCGAGGACUAGUGAUAUGGGGUAACUUACUCCCUGUCAGAAUGUGAAUUGUACACCGAAAACUAACAAUCAGAAUGAAGGUCCGCGUGACUAUCCAAGAACGCACGCGUAUAUAGGAAUGACCACACGGUUACAAAAUCCAGCCUUGUGCACGCGAAGUCACAUGAACGCGAGCACAUGUGACAAACACAUUAACAUACGAACGCUUAGGCCUUUCGCGAUUAAUAGCGCACACCUACGUUCGAGAUCGCGCAAACUUCAUAACACCCCGGUAAUAAGGAAAACGUUUUAGCACUUACGAAGUUUCAAACACUGUCUCAAACGCGAACCUACAAAGGUCCGUUUUCGCGCGCUCAUGAAUCGGUGACGUCCGGAAACCAUUACUCUCUGUCCUAAUAACUUAGGUCCAUACAUUCAGUAGGACCAAUAACAAAAUAAAGCUCAUAUCCACUAGACAACACGUUCCAUGGCGACAUCACCGGUAACUCUAGUGAUAUGGAAGAUCUCACUCUCUUCUUGCGUCUUAGCCGUACACCAAAAAUAAAGUAUUAGAUUCACGGUCCGCGCGCGAUUAUCCAAGAAUACACGCGAAUAUGCAAAAG